AUGUCAACCGCCUAUGAGAGUGUUAGAUUAGACCAUGACUUGCCUACGUACUACAAAAGCUUCUUUCCUUUCAAGUCGUUUUGCAAAUGGUUAUCGUACGGCCAAGGUAAGUUAUGCGGAAAAAACUUCUUGAUACUAUUUAAAUAACGUUCAUUUUCAGUUCCCUCAGAAUAUUUUGCUCGAAGAGAGUUCGCUUUCAUUUUAGCAGAUGAUGUCCAUUUGAGGUAUUUUAAAUUUCAAUUUUUCAUAAAUGUCGCUUUAAGGUACAAAAGUUUCAAUGACGUUCUUUCAUUUGAAAAAGAGCUGUGUAAAGUGAAUCCUCAUAAACUCGACUUAGGAGCUGUUUACAACCACUUUGUAUGUUUUUGAGGGAAAAGUCAAUUGGAAGAUGUUGGUUUACAGCCGAGAGAUCAUCGAAAGCACUCAGAUAUGCAAGCUGUAGAGCGAGAGCUUGUCUUUGACAUCGACUUAACAGAUUAUGACGCCGUGAGAACGUGUUGUACGUAAGUAUUCAUUCAGUUGAGUGCAGUUUUCAAGCUCAGCGGGAUAGAAAGUCUAAAAAUACUUGUAUUUUAUGUUUUUUUUUCUUCAAAUUAAUUUUUUGAAGUACUCUGAGCAUAAUUCACAUUUCGAAAAACAAAUUUCUGAGAUAUAAUGCGAUAAAAAAAUCUCAAUUCAACAGAGAGGCGACCGUUUGCCCGAAAUGCUGGAAGUUUGUAGUUUUGGCAGUCAAAAUUCUCGACAAAGUUUUGCGUGGUAAUUGAGAGAUUAUUUUUUAUUCAACAGUCAUUUGAUUCAGAGGAUUUUGGAUUCAAAGCCCGGAUGUGGGUGUUUUCGGGUCGACGAGGAGUCCACUGUUGGGUAGGAGAUGCGAAGGCAAGGAAAUUGAAUAAUCUCGGCAGAUCCGCGGUCGCCGAGUACCUCAACCUCUUUAUUGUGAGUUACAAGGGAACGAUUUACUAGGACUACGAAUAGAUCAAUUUUCGUAUUUGAAAUGUUAUUCAAGGGUAAUAAAGUGGAAGUGCUGAAAGGUCGGACGAAAAUGACGUGGGUACCGAAUCUCGUGCAAACCGCCUAUUCGAGCGCCUUGGAAGGCGGCUUCUUUGAGUCCAUGGUGAAGUUUGAAACUAAUAUUCAACAAUCAAAGCGGAACAGGCCUAUGAGCAAGGCUGGCUCAAUGACGGCCGCGCUGAGAUCAUCUUCAGUUUAUACAAGGAGCUGAGUGCAGACCUAAGAACUGAGCUCAUCGAAAAGUUCAAUGCGUUGGUGUUUUUUCUUAGUAAACUUAAAGAAAAAGUUUUCAAGAUUGCCAACGCCGCAGCUCCGGUGGAAAAUGCUGAAAAUGUAUUUCGAAGAAGAUGAAAGAAAGCGUGCAAGACAAGAGGGCUUGAAUCUACCGUUGGUGGGAACUUUACCAGGUUCUGUUAUAAUAAGGCCGAUUUUUCCAGGAGCCUCAAAAUCGAGAUAAAUAUUUCUUGAAAUAUUUUGUUCUGUGGCACGUUUACCCACGACUUGAUGUCAAUGUGUCCACAGGUUCUGGAACAUUUUUUCGAGAGAUCACUGGGGAGUUGAAGGAACGAAUCACUUGCUGAAGUCGCCGUUCUGCAUCCACCCGAAGACCGGCUGCGUGGCCGUUCCGCUCAGCGCCGACGACGUCGCUCAGUUUGACGUCACCAAGUGUCCAAGACUCGAGUUAGUUGUUCUAAUUUUUGCUAGAACCAUUUCUCGGUAGAAAAUAAAAGAGGAAACUAUCAGAAUGAAUUUUUUUACAGAAGAGAAUUUUUUAGGGUUAAAGUAAGUAAGUUUUGCAGAUAUGAAAACUCCUUUCAUAUCGAGAAAAGCUAUAUUUUGUUGUUGGUUUUUUCUAUUGCUUAUUCGCUUUUACUGGAGUAUUUGAUAAUUUUUUCUGGCUUCUUUCGAGUUUAAACAUAACUUUUUCCAUCAUUAUUCUCGCCUUGUUCAGCCUUUUUGCAAAAAAAUGCAAAUCAAAAAUUAAAAAUUUUAGUGAUUUGGAAAAAGUUUUGAAACCAUUUGGAGCUAAAAUAAUUAUUUAGAAAAAUAUUUUUUUCAGUUGUUGACGGUUUUUCUUUUUUUCACUUUAAAUAAACAUUUUCAAUAAUUUUUGUAUAUUUUUGAAAAAAAGGAAAAAUUCGAAGCACUUUUUAUUUUUUUUCGUUCGUGAGGUUGUAUGUUUGAAAGACCAAAGGAAAUAUCUAAUCAUCUUUAUGCAUGAGCGGGGCUUAUAUGCUGGUAGUGGUUAAUGAGAACUUUCAAUUUAUUAUCUUGAUUUUUUUUGGAGCUUUUCUUUCAAAAACUCUUUUAUUUUAACUUUCUUCUAUUUUGCAACAGCUGCCUUAAUUUCUUGUCACCCAAAAAAGAUGAAUGAUAACCUUUUUUGCAGUCGAUUGGUUGCGGAACUGCCUUCUAUAAACUCGGAAAUCGGUGAGAAAGAAGAGGGUGAUCAGAAGGAAAAUGGCCAGCGGAAAGUUUUAGGUAUUGCUAACUAUCAUUUCUUACAAAUUCUUCAUCUUUUCCUGGGUGAAUUAGCUCGAUUUUCAGCCUACCGACACUCUAGUUUGGCCAAAUACGUUGAGAACUUCGAAAAGUAUGUGGAACUCGCCAUCUGUUCAUAGCCCCAUCAUUUCUCAUUCAUAACGUUUCACUUUGUCAAAUUGUCCAUUCUAACGACUCGCAAUAAACUGAUUUUUUCAUCUCUCUUUUUCUCGCUCAGAAAGUCUUUUGAUUCCGUUUUGAACGGCCCGGUGUACAUCUCUAGUUUUUUCCUCCAGAGAAGCGCAAUAUUUGGUUUACAGAGGCUCGUUAUUAUAUUCUUUCAAUGGAUUCCAUCAUUCCAAACGUGAGUUUUUUUUUUACUUCAUGCAGAAAGAAUAGCCUUUUUCUUUCAUAAUUACCAAAAUGAAGAGUAUUCAAGUAUUACAACUGCUAACUUCAUCCCAGUUUCACGCUCAGCGUGGAAAAAUGGAUGAAAAAAUAGGCGAUUUUUCUCCGUUCGCGAGAUCGCAGAGCCGAGAGCAGCUGAUGCAACGCGGCCGCGGGGCGGUUUUUUGGCCAUUGGUUUUUGACGAGACGUUUUUUAGCGGUUUCCCAGGUUUUAGAGCCCCCUUCACUUUGUUAUAAAUUAUUGUUUCUGAGCAUUCAUAGUUUCUGAUUAGUUUGUCCUGAAACCAUCCAGAUUGUUUUAUAAUUUUUUUCGACUUAUGGAAGACGUUCGAAUGUGUUCCUGUACAAGUGUGAAACUUCCAAUCACAUUGGUCAUGAAUGAGAACUAGGCGACGUGGACAGGUGUAACAGUCGGACAACCGAACUGCAACGUGCUGCCGAGUGUUUACUCGAAAAAUCGUACGACGUUUCUUGUUAAACUGCGGCCGGCGCCGUGGCGCCUCCGUUCGGUAGAAACGACGGCGCCGUUCAACGCAGCCUAUCCUUAUGAUUUCAUGUGCUUCGCUCACAGGACCCUAAUUUUUCUCUCUCGAAUUUCAGUAAUUGAAAGUAAAAAAAAAAUGAAAAUUGGUCCGUAAAAAAGAGGAGAUGCUUUUCUAGAAAAAAUAUUGUGUAAUCAUUCAUAUCAAUUUCAAUUGUUUUUAUGGAGAGGUAAAAUUAAAGCAUCAAAGAAAGGUAGUCCUUGAUUAUUUUGCCAAAAUACUAUGUUUUUUCUGUUCGAAAAAUGGUGUUAUAGUCUGUUCAAUUUCAAGUGCAAUGACGUCAUUCAAAAACACUCUGUGGAUGGCUCGCUCUCUGAUUGGUUUGUCGCACCAUUAUGGGCGGGACUUGAGCGAUGACUUGACAUUCAAAAUCUGAACAGACUAUACCCAUUUUGUGAUCUCUUGUUUUCAACGUAAAUUAAGAAGGACACAUUCAAUUUUCUCAUACGAAAUUUCUCAUAGCUUCCUAAUUCGUUAUCGAAUGAUUCUGAGAGUAAAAUCUGACAAAUAUCGGGACCGUUUUCUAUUCGAAAUCCUUUUCUGGUCUUUUUGAAGGAGCUUGUAAAUUUUUGCGCGACUUUUUAGAAAGAUUGGAAUGAAAUCUUAAAUUCAUCGAAAAAAAUAUUUGUCAAGAUAAUCUGUCAAACUCUUGAAAUUUUUUUCCACAAUUUCCAAAAAUAGACUGUUGUGAACAUGUUUUGCAGAACGAAGUUUUCGAUAAGUUUUUCAAAUCUCACGGACCCAUUCGUUGAAAAAUUGGUUAAAUUUUCGAGAAAUACUCGCAGAACAGUCCGUGCAAAAACGUCUUUCUUGGGUUUAGAACUGUGUUUCUCAUUUGCGACUGAGUUAAAUCGAACACUGUUCUAUGUAGUUGGGUCGGUUGCAAUUGUUUACACGGUAGGACGAUCAAUUAACCAUGUCGACUUGGGGACUGUGUCUUGGGUUGAAGACGUGUUGGAUGCCCUUGGGGUCGACGUGCCACAGGCCGGUCGCCUGUCUGCUCCAUCUGUUCCCUUUGGCCGUCGGCGUCUCCACUGCGCGCCUCUCCCUCCUCUCCGUUUCUCUCGUUCCAUCAGUCGUCCUCUUUUCUAUCUUUUUUAUAGAAUCUCCCGAAAUUUAUUUUGUUUCUUUUGAUUUCUAUUUCCGUUCCUCCAAGUUUAUGUAUUUUUUUUUCCGUUUUUCGGCUGAUUUUAACUCAAGAAAUUUUUUGAAGGAGUUUUAUCACCUCUGAUUAUUAUCAUUAGCGCGAAAUUUUCAAAAGGCCCUCCAGACUUUUCUCACGAAAAUUUAAAUAAUUUCGAAAAAAAGGAAAAAAAAUUUAAAACACGUUUUGCAGAUGCGUUUGACAUUUUAACUUUUUGAGAGAUAAUUUUUUUUUCGUAGAAGAUUGAACAGAAUAAUCAUUUUUUUCUUUUUAGAAAAAUUUCUUCAAGCGAAAAAAACGAAUGAUAAACGGUGGAAACAAUAGUUAUAGCAGUCAAUUUCUCGAAAACCUUUUAACGUUUUUUUGCCGUUGAUCAUUUCUCCACGAGUAUAUUCAAAUUUCUCUUUUCAGGUAACCUAGACGGCCGUUGGCCAGCGUUUUACGACUAUCCUCGUCAAUGUGAGUGUUGCAUCUUGUGCCGAUAUUGAUAAGAGUAUUCAGAGUUUCACUAGAUUCGAAUUAG